CGGCGGGUGCGGCGGGUGCGGGCGGGAGCGGCGGGUGCGGGCGGGAGCCGUGCGCCGGGCAUGGCGCGCUGGUGGCGGGCGCUGCCGAGCGCGGCCCGGCGCUUCCCGUGGCCCACGAACGUGCUGCUCUACGGCGCGCUCUUCUCCGCGGGGGACGCGCUGCAGCAGCGACUGAGCGGCGGCCCGGCCGACUGGCGGCAGACGCGGUGCGUGGCCACCGUGGCCGUGACCUUCCACGCCAACUUCAACUACGGGUGGCAGCGCCUGCUGGAGCGCGCGCUGCCCGGCCGCACGCCGCGCGCCGUCCUGGCCAAGGUGCUGUGCGACCAGGCCAUCGCCGCGCCCGUGGCCGUCACGGCCUUCUACACCGGUAUGAGUAUUCUCCAAGGAAAGGAUGACAUAUUUUUGGACCUGAAACAGAAAUUCUGGAAUACAUAUAAGAGUGGUCUGAUGUACUGGCCUUUUGUACAGCUUACCAACUUCAGCCUUGUUCCUAUUCAGUGGAGAACAGCUUACACGGGACUCUAUGGUUUUCUGUGGGCCACCUUCCUUUGCUAUUCACAACAGAGUGGCGAUGGCACAUUGACAUCAGUUUUCACAUUCCUUCAUCAAAAGAAGGCCAACGAAUUUGAAAAGCCCCCAGAGAAAUGAGGAGUCAAGGAUUCCCUGAAAGUGACAGUAUCUUUUUUUUUUUAAUUGCAGUGAGUUGCCUACUGAUAAAAUACUCUACUUACCUGCAGUCUAUGCUCCAUUUGGAAGAAUUACUAUUCCGAGACCCACUUGUUUCUUAAUUAUCAAUAAGUACUUUAAAUUUUAUCCAAACCUUUUUUUCCUCAUUCUACCUGAAAGUAUUACUUCUCUAAUAUUUUCACUUCUUCAAUACUUUGGUAAUACCAGUAUCAGUGGCAAAAUGGCAUUUAAUAAUAGUUACUAUUUCUAUUCUAAUAUUUUAAUGCCAUUUGAUUAUAUUUAAUUAUUAAUGCCAUUUAAGGAGCCUGUUUUGAUUGUAUACAUCUCUUUUCUAACAUCUCAGGUUAUUCCUAAACACUUUUGGAUCUGAUUACCUUUUAUACCAAAAGUAGUUCUUAAUAGUAAAUUUCUAUUUACAUGGAACUCAAAGUCAAGAUUGAAUAACCAGAUUUCCUCCACCCCAAUACUAUAUAAUCAUUUUUUUGCUGAGGCUAAAGUUCUAUAAGUAUACUUUAAAUCAUAAAAAAAUAGUGUAUGAUUGGUAUGCCCUGUAUAGAAUAUAGUUCAUUGGCAUUUUCUAUUUUUGUAAUUUCUAAGUUAAGUACUUUUUAGCUAAUGUUUUAUAGUUUUGAGCAUAUUCAGUACCCCAUGUGAAAUUUGACUUCUUAGAGAAAUAUACUGAGUGAAGUUUCUGGGGGGAAAAAAAAGACUAAUUUCUCAUCCAUUGUAAAGAAGAACUCUAUUUCAUAGGUUUUUAGGAAAAAGUUACCCCAGAUUUCAUGCUGAUGUUAUAUUUUUUAAAAUCAAUGUUUUAAACUAAAUUUUUAUAGGUAAUCUUUAAGGUAGAUAAGAGAAACUUGAUUCAGUCUUUCAGAUUUACUGUUUGUCUCACCUCAAAACAAGUGGGUUUAAAAUUAUAUGAAAAUCUCAAGGUUUCAGCAAAUUUCACCUAAGAACUGAACCACAAUUCUGUCUCUUCCAAUGGAGUAUUGCACAAAUUUAAGAUGUGAAGCACUAAAAUGUUAAUAAAUUUAUCUUGAGAAUUUAUAUUUAAGAUUAAUUUAAUGAUCCAUACUUAAAAUUUUGAGCAUAUCAUUUGUAAUAUAAAUUUAUGUCAUAACUUUUAAGUAUAUGAUUAAUUUUAUUUUACAUUAUUGGGACAACGGUAGGAAAUUUCUAGAUAAAAUAACAUGGAUGGAUCUUGAGAAUAUUAUGCUAAGUGAAAUAAGUCAGUCAGAAAAAGCUAAGAACCAUGUUAUCUCAUUCAUAUGUGGGCUAUAAAACUGAAACUCAUAGAAAUAAACAACAGUAUGGUGGUUACCAAAGGGAAGGAAUGGGGAGCAGUAAAGGGAAAAGGGGGUCAAAUAUAUGGUGAUGGAAGAUGAUUUAACUUUGGGUGGUGGGUACACAAUGCAAUAUACAGGUCAUGUAUCACAGAAAUGUACACUUGAAACCUAUAUGAUCUUAUUAACCAAUGUAACCCCAAUAAAUUUAAUAAAAAAUAAAAUAAUUUACUAUUUGCAUUGUUUUAAAAGUAGUAAAUGCCACAGAAAAGUUAUUUCACAAUACAUAAGACAAAUUUUGUCUUUAAAAAAGUAUAUGUAGAGUAACUAUUGAAAGUACUACCUGUAAUCUUUUAGCUGAAGUUCAGCAUUAUUUUAUGAUGGAAAAAGAGUGUUUUCAUAUUGUACAAAAGCAAUUGGGAAAACAGACCUUGUGAAUACUGUUAAGGAGAAAAGCGUUUUUUAUUCAUGAAAGUAUGAUAACCUUUACUCAAUAAUGUGUUACCCUGUAAUAUAGAAAAUAUCUAGCAUGGCUUCUCUAAAUUUUUGCAGAUGAUACACUUUCAGUUUUAAAAAAAUAUUUUUAUUUACUUAUUUCAGAGAGGAUGGGAGAGGGAGAGAGAUAGAAACAUCAAUGAUUAGAGAGAAUCAUUGAUUGGCUGCCUCCUGCACGCCCCACUCUGGGGAUUGAGCCUGCAACCUGGGCAUUGAGCCUGCAAUCAGUGCCCUGGCCGGGAAUCGAACCCCAACCUCCUUGUUCAUAGGUCGAUGCUCAAUCACUGAGCCACUGCAGCUGGGCCACUUUCAGUUCUUAAUGCAAAUAAUACAAUGUUUAUCUGUUUUAAAAUGCUGCCAAUCUUGGUAAAACACACUCGAGACCUUCUACUGUUUAGAACCAGGCAGGUGGCCGCCCUCUUCCUCCAGAUUACCCUGUUCCCUAGGCUUCUUUAACUUGGCUGUGUGCUGCCCUACCAUGUUUUGGCUCUAUGUUUGCUCAGGCAAGGGCAAAACCUCUAAUUCCUUUCCCUUAAUGGAGUUGAGGUAGACUGGAUUUUCAAAGCAACUUCACCUCCUAUGUGUAGAAAACAAAAGGGAAAUUUGGAGGAUGUCAAAAGAGUUUCUUUAAAAAAGCUUACAGAAUAUGGAUUUCUGAUCCUCUCUUAGUUAGCUUUGAACUCAGACAUCACAAAUCCUGUCCUAGGUCCAGGCAUUUGGCGUAUUUGUCCCUGUAGCUCUGGUGGCUCCUUCCUGGUACUCUUUUCUGACUCCCUGGUUGUCACUGUAUGAUAAUACACUUGGCCCUACUGCUACCAUUAAAAUCAGGAGUGCCCAAGUCUCAUCCUGUUGGACUGCUGGUUUCCAUUUUUAGUCUCUGAGGCAGGCCUCUUGCAAAAGUAGUUGAAAAUGGUUUCUCAAUUCAGGGGAGAGCUUUCCUUAUACACAAAUGAAUGCAAGCACCCUUAUAACAAAGGUUACUAAAUGGGAUGUAAAGAGGAUAAACAACAGGAUGGUAACUGUGUUAAAAGAAGUUCUAAUUGGGAGUAGAAGUUAAAAAAAAAGAUAAUCUGGUUCUCAGGACAUCCAAUCUAAUUCAUCACUAGUUGCUUGAGCAGCAUCUGUCACAAGUGGUCAAUAGAAAGCUUGAAUAUUACUCAACUAUUGCCACCCAGCCAUAGGUUAACGGCAGAAGCAGUAGGUACUUUGAAGUCAUGGUGCCCUGGGUAAUCUGGGAAGGCUUCAUGGCAGUGAUGUCUGAGUUGGGUCUUAAAAGAUGGAAAGUCACAAGAGUCUAAAGGUCUGUGAAGCGGAGGGUGAUGGUAGGAUCAGGUGAGAUGAGAUCCUGAAAGAGAGCAAAGAGAAAGAAAAGGCAGCCUAGCCAGUGUGGCUCAGUGGUUGAGCAUCGACCUGUGAACCAAGAGGUCAGGUUUCAAUUCCCGAUCAGGGCACAUGCCCGGGUUGCAGGAUCAGUCCCCAGUGUGGGGCGUGCAGGAGGCAGCCGAUCAAUGACUCUCAUCAGUGAUGCUCCUAUCUCUCUCUUCCUCUCCAUUCCUCUCUGAGAUCAACAAAAAUAUAUUUUAAAAAAAAAGAAAGAAAAGUCAUUUGAGCUCUAACACAGAGGGACAUUUCCAUCACCCGCUCCUCAGCUUUGAGUAAUGUAGAUGUUUCUAUCCAGUGUACUUGUGAUUAAUAAAAGCUAAUUUCCUUUUA